AUGGAUGACUGCGCCGACUUGGCGAAGCUGUUGCUUCUUUACGAGAACCCAAACACCAAUCGCGAGAAGGGUUUAGCGUUUGAAGAGCAAGUUGUGACACUCAUGCAGUCGUUCAACUGCGAGCUGCAGGCGACGCAGCAGUCACGAGAUGGUGGCAUUGACCACCAGGGGUCAUGGACAUUGCCAGAUUUGGAAGUAGACGUGGUGACACAAUGCAAAAAUGAGAGCAAACUAGUGAGCGUUCAAUACGUGCGGGAGUUCUACGGCGUGCUAGGCUUCUUUCCAUCGACUACUGUGGGGCUUUUUGCCUCGGCAUCAGGCUAUAGCCUUUAUGCGCAGCGGUUUUUCCUCCGGACGACACACCCGGCAAUUCUGUGCACCGUGGACAUCAGCUCGGGUCGUCUCGCGUCCUUCUUGCUCAAUGGCUCUGCCCAAACGCUGCUGCCGAAGCUCUCGGUAGGCUCCUUGUUUGUGAAGCAGGAGCAUGCUCUUGUACUCAUCUACGGUGACAAAAUCCUUGGCUAA